AUGUUCAAAAAAUUUUCAUCUGAAGAGGUGUCUGCACAGAAUCAAGUGAAGGCUUCUGUUCAACGAAGAAUAAGGCAAAGUAUUGCAGAUGAGUACCCAGGACUUGAACCAGUUUUGGAUGAUAUACUUCCCAAGAAAUCCCCUCUUAUAGUUGCUAAAUGUCAGAACCAUCUCAAUCUCGUUGUGGUGAACAAUGUGCCUUUGUUUUUCAGUGUUCGUGAUGGCCCUUACAUGCCUACCUUGCGACUGCUCCAUCAAUAUCCAGAUAUAAUGAAGAAAUUACAAGUUGACCGUGGUGCAAUAAGAUUUGUUUUGGCUGGUGCAAACAUAAUGUGUCCCGGCCUCACAUCUCCUGGGGGUGUUUUGGAUGAGGAAGUGGGGGCAGAAUGUCCUGUGGCUAUCAUGGCUGAAGGAAAACAGCAUGCCCUUGCCAUCGGAUUUACAAAAAUGUCUGCAAAAGAGAUAAAAGCAAUCAACAAGGGAAUUGGGGUCGACAACUUGCAUUAUCUUAAUGAUGGUCUUUGGAAGAUGGAGAAAUUUGAUUGA